UAGCUCCUCCCUCAACACUUCUCAGUUAUAUGUGUCCUGACAGCAUCACAUUCAGUCAGUGUGUCUAACUUGAGCUCCAGUGAUGAAGGCUGUGCCGUUCCUCCUCUUCCUCGCGGUGUGUCUGAAGUCUUCCAGUGUCCUGGCGAAGACUCUGGAGUUCUUCAUCGCAGCAGUGGAAACCAAGUGGGAAUAUGUGUUUACAGACACAACCGAUCCUGCUGCAAACCAGAGGAAAUUUGCAUCCGGUGUGCAGAAAUACAUCAAGGCUGUAUAUACGGAAUACACCGACUCCACUUUUACAACACCAAAGUCAAAACCUCCAUGGGCUGGUAUUCAAGGGCCGACCAUCAGAACAGUGGUGAACGACAGGGUCGUGGUGCACUUCAAAAACUUCGCCUCACAGUCUUUCAGUAUUUCUCCCAUCGGCAUUCCUUACUGGAAACAAUCGGAAGGCGCGGGGUACGAGGACUCCAGUUCUGUCCAGGAGCGAGCGGAUGAUGCAGUGCCUCCUGGCGGAUACUAUAAGUACGUGUGGGACAUUUCCCCCAACUCCGGACCGACCACAUCAGACCCGGAGUGCCUCACCUACAUUUACUCAUCACAGGUGGACAUCGUGCGAGACUUCAACAGCGGACUCGUCGGGACUCUGCUGAUCUGUAACACAGAGGCUCUGACGGAGGAGAGACAGCGGAAGGCAAAAGAGUUUAUUUUGUUUCUUGCCGUCUUCGAUGAGAGUAAGAGCUGGUACCAGGAGGUGGGCAGAGCAGACAAACUGAAGAAAACAUCCAGUCCAAACCAGUACCACACCAUUAAUGGAUACAUCAACUCGACAUUACCAGGUCUAAGCGUGUGCCAGAAGAGCCCGCCGGUGUCCUGGCAUCUCAUCGGUCUCGGCUCCACCCCAGAGAUCCACAGCAUCCAGUUUGAAGGACACACCCUAAAGGUGUUCGACCACAAGCGAGUAACCGUGGAGAUGACCCCCAUGACCUUCACUACGGCCCUGAUGAAGCCGUCCGCUAUCGGGAGGUUUCUGAUCUCUUGCCAGAUCCACUCUCAUCAGACAGCUGGAAUGAAUGCAUUCUUCACUGUUGAGAACUGCCCUGAACCGUUGACAAUCCCAAUCCCAGACAAACGAAAUGUCAUACAUUCGGAUGACCAGGAGGAGGAUGAAGACAACAUGUUCUCCAUAGUGUUCAAGCAAGGAGGCCCUGUAUCCGUGCUUCGCUCGAGCGCCAAGGGAAGACCUAAAGUGUGGGUCCAUUACAUCGGUGCGGAGGAGAUAGACUGGGACUAUUCCUCUCAAAGCGGCGACCGGCCUUCAAAAUCAUCAUCAGCAGCAUCUGAGUGGUUCAGGAAAGAUCCUCAGCGCUUGGGUGCGGUUUAUAAGAAGGUGGCUUUCAUUGAGUACACAGACAAGACCUUCACUGUGAAGAAAAACACCGGCAAAAUGCUGAUGGGUCCAGAGCUCAGAGGGGAAGUGGGAGAUAAGUUUCAGAUUGUUUUUAAAAAUAAGGCCAGUCGACCAUUCAACAUUUAUCCAAAUGGCCUGACCAGUGUUCAGCCUUUGAAGACAACAAACAAAGAUAACCAGGUGGAUCUUCGUUCUUUGGCCGUUCCACCAGGUGAGAUAAUGACGUACCUCUGGAAGCUGACAGCCGAAGACGGACCCACAGAUGCCGACCCACGAUGCCUCACACGCUUAUACCAGAGUAUGGUGGAUCCCUUUCGGGACGUGGCGUCUGGGUUGGUGGGACCCCUUAUCAUUUGCAAAUCCCUGUCUCUGGACAAAAGAGGCAGAGUGGUAACUUCAGAUAAAGAGAAGAAGCUCCUGUUUACGGUGUUUGAUGAAAACAGAAGCUGGUACUUUGAGGAAAACAUUCAAAGGAAUAUUGAAGAUCCGACUAGGAUUAAUCGCAAUCAUCCGGAUUUCUACGAUUCGAAUGUCAUGCACACGGUUAACGGUUUCAUGUUCAACCACCUACAAUUCAAGAUGUGUGUUGGCGAUGUGAUUCUCUGGCAUGUGGCGAGCGUUGGCAUGCAAAGCGACUUUCUGUCAGUUUACUUCACAGGAAAUACGUUCGAGAAGGAUAAAACAUACGGCACUGUCCUCACACUCUUCCCAAUGAAUGGAGACACAGUGACCACUGAAGCGGAGAUGCUAGGCGAAUGGGAGGUCAGCGCAUUUGACCCCUCUCUGAAAAAGCGAGGCAUGAGCGUUCGCUACACGGUUGUUAGCUGUGAAAGAGUGCUUCCUUUGGUGGACAACGAAGACUACGAUGAUGACUUCAUUGAAUUCAUUGAGCAGAACUUCCCGAUUCCACGGGGAACAAUGGAAAAGAACCGCACUAUCGCUAUUCGUGUUUGCCGAAACAGAACUGUGACGGAGUCUGCGACUGGACGAGUAAACAUGAGCCGAGCUUCAGACAAUGAGAGACAAAACAGAACCCGUGUAUGUGAGAUAAGAUAUGUUCCGGUAAAGCGGGAAAAAGAUCUGGAAGCGUUAUCGCAGGGUGGGAUUCCACAGGAUAUUUUGGAUCAACUGGAAGAGGACAUGGGUGGAAAUUCUUUGGGACGUCAGAAAAGGUCCCACCACAAAUCUUACAGAAGUAGACCAAACGAGAUUGAUCCCACAGUCAUAUUGAGUUCCUCAGAAAACAGGGAAUUAACAGGAGAACAUCAAAAUGUGAACGUUGCAAACAUUCAGUCGGAUCACAACAAAACACAUCCAAGCGGUCAAACAACAAAUGACCUGUUUAGAAAAUUCCUUCUUAAAGAUGGAAACUUGUCGACUAACCUCAGUCAACUUCUGAACGACUCAAAGGAGAAAGUGAGGAAUCGACGGGAGCUGUGGAGCGUCAGCAAAGACAAAAAAGUGGAUGUGAAAGUUCACAGCAACAAUGAGGUUCUGGAAGAAUCUGGAAGUUCUGGUCUAAAGAAGGACAAGAUGGAGGAAAGUUUGAAUCCAUUUAACUAUAAUUACAAAGAUUUAAAGACGUUCAAACCAGAUUUGGAACCGGUUUUGGGACCAAUGUCUAAUUCAUCAGAUAAUCAGACAUAUGGCCGGAAAUCAUUGGCAAGUGACUAUGAUGAUUAUAGCGAUGAGGGAAGCGUUGACGUUCAUCACGUUGAAGAUAAUGUCGGCAUUAGGUCGACAGAGUCGAGGUUUCGUAGUUACUACAUCGCGGCAGAGGAAAUCUUCUGGGAUUAUGGGAUUAAUAAACCAGCUCAGCUCAUCAAACCAAGGGAGAUGCGAAGGGGAAUGAGAAAAUAUUUCCCAGCCUAUAGAAAGGUGGUUUUCAGAGCCUAUCAGGACAGAGAUUUCAAACAUCCAAUCAAACGAGGAGAACUGGACGAGCACCUCGGCAUUAUGGGUCCAGUGUUGAAGAUGGAAAUCAAUGAUGUUCUUACUGUGGUUUUCAAGAACCUGGCAUCCAGGCCGUACUCUUUCCACUUGCAUGGGGUGUACGAUAAGACGCAGGGGAGUUUCGGCCCUGGAUCGGGCCCAGAAGCCUCCAAGGCCGAGGAAGUGCCAGGUGAUCCCGUUCCUGCGGGCGAGGAGAGGGUGUACAACUGGAGAAUCUCCAAACGACAAGGUCCCACAGAGUCAGAGUUUGACUGCAAGGCUGGGGCCUACUACUCCAACGUCAACAUGGAGAAGGACAUAAACUCUGGUCUAAUCGGUCCGAUGCUGAUAUGUCGUCCUGGUACCCUCCGUUCACGCGCAAAGCUUCGACCUGACGUGACAGACUUCUUCCUUCUCUUCACCACCUUUGAUGAACGAAAGAGCUGGUACCUCGACUACAACAUCGGGAAGUUUUGCACCCCACCCUGCCAGGCCAAAGUAGACGAUCCGUGGUUCGAGAUGAGCAACAGGUUUGCAGCUAUUAACGGCUACGUGUCAGAAACGCUUCCUGGCCUGAUAGUUGAACAGUACCAGACGACUCGCUGGCAUCUUCUCAACGUUGGGAGUCAAGGCGAGUUUCACGCUGUACACUUCCACGGACUGCCAUUCAGAGUCGGAAAAGAUCAGGAUCACCGCAUGGGAAUUUUCAAUCUCUAUCCCGGUGUUUUUGGGACGGUGGAGAUGAGGCCAGCUAUCGUAGGCACCUGGUUAAUAGAGUGCACUAUAGGGGAACAUCAGCUGGCCGGCAUGAGAGCCAAGAUGCUGGUCUACAACCCGCGAUGCAUUCAGCCAUUAGGAAUACACCUAGGGUGGAUUAACAACAACCAAAUAACAGCCUCGGAUCACUAUGGUGUUUGGAAGCCCGAUUUAGCCAGACUUGAGUUAUCUGGAUCGGUUAAUGCCUGGAUGGGCAGAGGCACAGACUCCUGGCUCCAGGUGGAUUUGUUAAAGCCCAUGCUCCUCCAUGGUAUUCAAACUCAGGGUGCAAAGAUGGGUUUUAGCGAGUAUUUCACCAUUAUGUACACCAUCAGUUACAGCACUGACCAGGAGAACUGGACCAUCUACAGAGGAAACAGCAGCAAGUCAUCUUACACCUUCAUUGGAAACAUGGACGGUUCCAGAAUAAAAGAGAACUUAUUUUCUCCACCCAUCGUGGGUCGCUACAUCAGGAUUCAGCCACUGACCUUCCAGAAGCUUCCCACGUUGAGGAUAGAACUACUGGGAUGUGACCUCAAUAGCUGUUGUAUGCCGUUGGGAAUGGAGCGCACGAUUCCUAGCUCUAGCAUCAGCGCCUCCUCGUUCUUAAACAAGUGGUUACUGUCCUGGAGUCCCGACCUCGCUCGACUCCACCAGGAGGGACGAGCAAAUGCAUGGAGACCCAAGACGAAUAGCCCUCACGAGUGGUUACAGGUGGACUUUCUCUCUAUGAAGAGAGUGACUGGGUUGAUCACACAGGGGGCUCGAUCUGUCCUGAAACUGAUGAUGGUCACUGAGUUCACCGUCUCCAUUAGCAAUGACGGUCACAGCUGGACCAGUGUGAAGGAGCAGGGCACAGACCGUGAAAAGAUCUAUGAAGGGAACAGUGAGCACGACGAGGAGGCACUGAACAUGUUUGAUCCACCUCUGUUCACACGAUUCAUACGGAUUCACCCGAAAGGCUGGUUCAAUGAUAUUGCUCUACGGGUAGAGUUUUUGGGCUGUGAUACUCAACAAACACUUUGAG